AUGGGCAACGAACCAUCAUCUACGAAUGGCAAGACUGAUUUUCUCAUUCACGAUUCAAGGAUCCUUUCUGGCCCUACUUUAAUCAAUCAAAUGCAAUAAAAUCAAUGGAGAAUUGGAUUGCAGCAUCCGCAUCUAUUAUAGACUUUGGGAGGAUAACCUGAAGGAGAACAAUAUAGAUAUUAUUUUGAGAUUUGUCCAAUCACAUUGGCCUCAUUGCUAUCAGAGAGAUACGGAACUAAAUAAUACUUCCCAGAAGAAGAUUUAUAAGCAUUACUACUAGGGAUUGUGAGUGCUUUGAGUUUUCUCUAAGAGAAGGGGAUUUCACAUGGAGGUAUUGAUUCAUGCUUAUAAUAAGAUAUUUGCACAUAAGAAAUAUUUUUUGAUUCAAAUAGUUCUAGUUUUAAAGUUCUAGAUUCCAAUUUGAUUAAUGGAAGAGCAUAUGCAAUUCAAGAAUUUAUUAAUGGUAAAUUAAAGUAUUUGGCACCAGAAAUCAUAAUCCAUCCUACCUAACCAAUGUCAGAAUAUUAAUUACAUAAGAAUGAUAUCUGGAGUUUGGGCAUGGUUAUUUUAGAGGCAGGUACUUUAAAAUCAAAUGAUACGCUAUAUAAAAAUGGAUUGCAACCAAAACUCAUUUAAGAUAGAAUUAAUGAAAUUGGUACUAUAUAUGGAAAGCAGUUUGCAGAAAAUAUAAAAAUGAUGUUAAAUUUCAAUCCAAAUGAAAGAUUGGAUUCAGUUAAUUUAUUUAAUUUCCUUCUUGAAUAAUAACGUAUAGCAAAUGAAUCUGAAUAAUAGAUUUAAUAAUAAUAAUAAUUAUUAUUAUAAUAAUAGUAAUAGUAAUAAUAACAAUAGUUAUUAAUGAAACAAUAAUAAGUAAUGUAUUAAUAAUAAUAAUAUUAUUAUGAAUAAAAGAUCUCUCAUUAAAGUCCAGUUAAUAGAUAAUAAUAAUAAUAAUCAUAAAAGAAUUUGUAAUAAAAUCAAUAUUUUUUUUAAUAAUAAAAGUAGUUAUAAUAACAAUUCUAAUUUAAUUAAACGCAACAAUCAUCACCAUAUAGGAACUAGAUCUAAAUCUAACCACAUAUUAGCAACUAAUAGCAAAGAACAAAUUGCCAUCAAUAAUAGCCUUCCUAAGAUUUCAUGAUGAUACAACAUGAAAGAACUGUUUCAAUUGAAAAAAUGCCAAGUAGAAUAAUUAAAAAAAUCAUAUAUCCGGAUUGUAAAGUCGGUUAUUAAGACGGUUCCCAUUCAGCCUCUCGUAUGGGACAAAAUCAGUAUUGGCAAUCAAAACACACUCCAUAAAAAACUCAGAAACAAUCAAGCCCACUGCCGAGGUAACAAAGCUCCCCCUAUUAAUCGUAAUUUAUGUAUCAGAAAUAUAAUGUGAUUGGCAACAAAGAAAAUUAGGUUCCAUUAAAUACGAACGAAUAGUUGAGAUGGAAAUAGGAUAUGGGGUAGUCGAAGUUGGUAGUUCAAUAAUAUAAUUAAUAAAAACCUUCAAUUAACGAGGAACCGAUAAGGAGAGUAAUAGUUUAAUCAUAAGCUUUAAGAGAUAACUUUGUGUGA